CUUGCUCGGCGUGCAUAUGAGAGCUUGAGGAGGGAAGUAACUUCUCUUAGAAUUUGCAUAAAUGUGUGCAUGCAUAUUGUUAGGAAGGCUUACAAAGAGUUGUGGGUCCUUUCUUGUUUCAAUUCAGACAGGAUUGUGUAGGAGAAAUUUAAGGAGAAGGAAGAGUACCAUGGAAGCUAUAAGUGAAAAUUUCAUCAAAGUGGUGCCUAAAAAGACAGUGAAAUUCAAAGUUCAAUCUGUAGUUACAAUAAGGAACAAGAACAAUGAAGAUACGAAGAAGAAAAUUGUGAUACAUUUAGUUGCUUUCACUAACAAAAUCAGAAGAAAUGUCGCUUUGGAACUCAUCAGCACUGAAAUCGACUCAAUUAUUGAUAUGAAAAAACUAGUGGAAAUUAGAGAUGGUCAUGAUGAUGCUGCUUGAGAGGCUUCAUCUUGCUUGCAAAGAAUGGGAAUUUUUCCAGGUUUAUAGAUUAACCACUCUUAAUUUUAGAUUUUAUGUUUUAUAAAUAUUAUUGUAAAUAUGGUUUCCAUCAACAACCAUCUGCACCCAACAGAGUGAGUAAAUAUAAUAGUACACUACCUGUUAAUUAACUUAGCUUCAUUUUUAUGUCUUUUAAAUUUGAUUGUAUAGGUAUGAUCAUUUUCUUUUUUGAUUAUGGUAGGAAGAAAUAAAAUUUAACAAUCUUUAGGUAAUGUUUUUGUGUCCCAUCUAUUAUCAUCUCCAUUUCUUUUAUAAAUAAAGUUGAUUAUAUGGUAUAUUUUAUGUUCCAUGAUUGUUAAUUAAAUAUUGCUUGCAGUGUUUCAUAACUAUAUAUGAUCAAUUUUUUAAAUAAUUUACAUACAUGUACAAUUGGUGAAUCAUGGAGUGAAUUUAUUAUUGAUGGAGAAAGUAAAAGUGAAGAGCAUUUUUUAUUUACCAAUGGAAGAGAAGAAAAAGUUUCAGAAGCAAGAAGGGGAUAAUGAAGGAUAUGGGCAAACCUUUAUGGUUUCUGAAGAACAAAAGUUAGAUUGGGCUGACAUACUUUACAUGAUCACUCUCCCUACUAAUUUGAGAAAACCUAACUUAUUUAAAAUACCCUGCCUUACUCAGGUAUAUUUAUAAAUAUAAGUUUCUACGAUGACCUCAUAGUAGUAUAUACAUAGUAAUAACUGAGUUU